AUGUUUGAUUCCCGCGUGGCAGAGCCAUUGGCCGUUGAUACCGGAUCUGCGCUGGCGACUAAGACCAACACCUAUACGGCCGCUUUCGAGUACCCCGACGAACAAGUCACCACCCCCACCACUGGCACGCGGAGCCGUGCGAACAGUCUAUCCUACCAACAAUCCUCCCUCACCGCCGACCAAUCGCCCACUCGGCGUAUCUCCUCAAUGAAGCUCACCACCGAUGGGCGCUAUACGCCCAGCCCCGAACCGCCUCCGGCGCUGUUCGUGCGGGCCAUGUAUGACUACGAUGCCGAUGAUCACACCAGUCUCAGCUUCCGCCGGGGCGACAUUAUACAGGUAUUGAACCAGCUCGAGACCGGUUGGUGGGACGGUGUCAUCGACAAUAGUGUGCGGGGCUGGUUCCCCAGUAACUACUGCACUGUGAUAACAGACCUGGAUGAGCUUGAAGACCAAGCGCCGCAGACCCAUGAGAAUGAGGAAGUUAGUGCGGAGUCAGGCAUUGGCGAGGAGUACGAGGAGGAGCAAGAUGCUGAUGAGGUUGACUCGGCGGGCAAUCCGCGCGACUCGCAGCCUAUUUUGCCCAUCGAGGGCGUGGUGGCUCCCAAGGAGCAGGAAGAGGCAGCCUUCUGGAUUCCACAGGCGACACCUGAUGGCCGUCUCUUCUAUUUCAACACCCUAACCGGCUACAGCACCAUGGAGCUUCCGUUCGAAAACCCCGCUGCCAACGAGACUGGCCCUUAUGACCGCAACAACUUCCUCGUGCCCGACCAAACGCGACCCCCACCGGAGUUGAUGGCUCGUGGGUUCGAACGGGAUGAAGAUGAUUACGACGGCUCAGCUUCGGAAGCGGAGGGCGAGUCCUUGAUGCUUACAUCUCGCGAUUCCAUGUCUCGGAGACGCCAGUCCUACUUGGAUGGGGUUUCUCCCGCGACGUCCAUGGAUUCGCUGCACCCACCAUCUGCGACAAAGUCCAUCAACGACGGAAAAAGCUCGCAUCAGUCCCUCCUGACUUCGCACAAGUUCUAUGAUUCUGCUACGAGCAGUAACAACUCCGUCUCCGAUCAUAUCCACAGGCCUUCGAUCUCCUCCGAAGUUCCGUCGCAUUUCGUUGACGACGGGUUUUCUGUUCAGUUGACCUGGCCUCUGCUUGUUGACAACAUGCGCCAUGCCGUUGAGGUCUACCGGCAAACGCUGUUGAACGGCGACCGUUCUGAGUAUGUGAGGAAAGCGGAAGAUAUCUCCGACCAUCUGCGCAUGCUGUUGGCGGCUGGCUCAGACACCACCGACAAUCAUUCCGGAAAUCCAUCAGUGAUCUCCACCAAUAAGGCGCUGUAUCCCCACUUCAGGGAUAUGAUGUCAAAGUUUUCGAAGCUCGUGCUCUCGUCCCACAUUGCGGCCGCCGAUUGGCCAGGACCGGAUUCCAUCAAUAAAUGCCUGCAAGAGGCAGAUGGUGUGAUGCAGGGCGUCUACGGCUACGUCGAGGUUGCAAGACAACAGCGUGGCGAGACCAUCCAUCGAAUCGUUCCUGGAUUCGUCGUGGGCAGCUAUUCGGGUGGCUGCUGGCAGAAUAACGGCGUCUCUCUGAGUGACUCGGGCCCGACCUCCUUUUUGGAUCACGACGCAAAUGAUUCGCGGGCGGAGCCAUCAGUGACCCUGGACGCGGCCCUCAUAGACCACAUCGAUGUUCUCAGAAGAUCCUUUGUUGGCAGCAUCCGUCGGCUGGAAGAGCGACUAACACUCAACCAGAAGAAGAUUGUUACCAUUAGAGAGCACGAGGAGAUUGCCAAUGCUGUUUCACUUGCUGCGAUCAAGGUCGUUGAGCAGUUUCGCCCGUGGAUGUCUGCGGUUGAAUCUAUCAACCUAGCACCAUUGGGGACAAGCUUCCAGAAUCCACAGCUGGUUGAUUUCAGCUUGCAAAAGCAGAGAACCUACGAUGCCAUUGCAGAUUUCGUCCUCAGCUGUCAAGCCGUUGCGGCACCACUGGGCGAUGAAUGGGCGGAACUGCGCGGCGACUCGCUUGAAGAUCGAUUGAAUGCCGUGCGUGGCGUUCACCGGCAGCUCGAGAACUAUGUUUCUCAAAUUGGCUUCUCCCUUUCACUGCUCCUCGAACAGGUGCCCGAGCCUUCUGCUUUCCGCGCGGAAAGUCGCCUGGGUGGGGAGAAUGCGGGGCUAAAGGCCAUUCACAGCAGGUCAGAGUCCCAAGCUGGAGUCGCCACCGAGUCCAUCGGUAUUCCCUCUUCUUACUCGGUUGAAGGCGCGUCAGAGAAGGUGCGACGCAACAUGGACAAGGCGCAGCGAUUCUUUGGACAGGCCCCUCCGGCUGCAAUCCCACGGGAGCCUGCAAUGCGAGAACCGGUCCGCGAGCCGGAAGAAACGCCCUGGUUCUUGAAAACAGAUCACGAAGGUGAAGUGUUUUACGAUACGAAGAAUGACAACCUGAACUUGAAAUGUGGAACACUGGCAGGCUUAGUGGAACAAUUGACUCGCCAUGACAAGCUUGAUGCUUCCUUCAACAACACCUUCCUCUUGACCUACCGCUCAUUCACAUCUGCAGAGGAACUCUUCGCGAUGGUUACCGAACGAUUCAAUAUCCAACCCCCGCCCGGUCUCAACAACGACGAGAUGCAAAUGUGGAUCGAUAGAAAGCAGAAACCCAUUCGUUUCCGCGUGGUUAAUAUCCUGAAGAGUUGGUUCGAGAAUUUUUGGAUGGAACCCAAUGAUGAACCGCACAUGGCGCUCCUUCAACAUGUUCAUGCGUUUACCAAGGAUUCUAUCGCUACUACGAAGACUCCCGGAUCACCGCAGCUGCUGGCCGUCAUAGAACAACGCCUUCGGGGACAAGACAACACCGUCAAGCGUCUCGUUCCCACGCAGGCUACUGCCGCACCAACGCCGAUCAUUCCGAAGAACAUGAAAAAGCUGAAGUUUCUGGAUAUUGACGCUACAGAGUUCGCCCGACAGCUCACUAUUAUUGAAUCCCGUCUCUACUCGAAGAUUCGGCCGACGGAGUGCUUGAACAAGACCUGGCAGAAGAAAGUCGGCCCUGACGAACCGGAGCCUGCUUCGAACGUGAAGGCACUGAUUCUUCAUUCCAACCAGUUGACGAACUGGGUCGCGGAGAUGAUUCUCAAUCAAUCGGACGUUAAGAAGCGUGUAGUUGUCAUCAAACACUUCGUUAACGUCGCAGAUAAAUGCCGCGCUCUAAACAAUUACUCCACACUGACAUCGAUCAUCUCUGCACUUGGAACGGCUCCUAUUCAUCGACUGGGACGCACAUGGGCUCAGGUCAGCGGGCGCACGUCCACCGUUCUCGAACAGAUGCGCCGACUCAUGGCCAGCACGAAGAACUUUGGUGAAUAUCGGGAGACUCUGCAUCUGGCUAAUCCGCCUUGUAUCCCCUUCUUUGGUGUCUACUUGACGGAUCUGACCUUCAUUGAAGAUGGUAUUCCGUCUCUCACUCCGUCGGAGCUGAUCAAUUUCAACAAGCGCGCCAAAACCGCAGAAGUCAUCCGCGAUAUUCAACAGUACCAGAACGUCCCAUACCUUCUUCAGCCUGUCCCUGAAUUGCAGGACUACAUCCUUAGCAACCUGCAGAAUGCAGGCGAUGUGCACGACAUGUACGAUCGGAGUUUGGAAGUUGAACCCAGAGAGCGGGAAGACGAAAAAAUUGCGAGACUGUUGUCGGAAUCGGGUUUCCUGUAG